AUGCUCGGUCGAUCCAUGCUUUUUGGCCGACCACGGGCCAUCUUUUUUUCUUCAUCAUCGUCAAAGCCUCCCGGCUCACGCAAGGGAUUCAAGAAGAAAUCCAGCAAGACCUUGCUAAAUCCACCGCAGAGCCGUCCCUCUUUCCUCAAUUCACUUAUCGAGCAUUCGUCCGCUAAGAAUAGCUUGGGGUUUUACAAUGAAUCUUCCAAAAUAAAAAGAGCUCUGUUUCCUUUGAUCGGCAAUUUGGAUAACUGUCCAAUAUGCAACAACCCUCUCGCCUUUAAAGCAGCUAGCCCCGCAGAACGACCGCUACUAAGCCAAAUAACCCUGCCUUCGCAAGAGGAGCAGGCCUCCAAAGAUAGGGUUUCAAAUUUGACUCCAAAACAAAUUUACUCCUUUUUGAACGAGUUUGUUAUUGGCCAAGAGCCUGCAAAAAGGGCACUGGCCGUGGCUGUUAGCAAUCAUUUUGCGAGAAUUUCGUCGUCGCUGGAAAAAAAGCCUGAAUUGAUAUACGAAAAGAGUAACAUUCUUCUUAUGGGACCCUCGGGGUCGGGAAAAACUCUGCUCGUCAAAACCCUUGCAAAGGUCCUAAAGGUGCCGAUCGCCAUUUGUGAUGCGACCACGUUUACCCAGGCAGGGUAUGUUGGAGAAGACGUUGAAAGCAUGAUUUACCGUUUACUUCAAGAAUGUAAUUUUAACGUAAAAGAGGCGGAGACCGGAAUUGUGUUUCUAGAUGAAAUAGACAAAAUUGCCAAGAGACAAGGAUUCUCAAACCAAAGGGACGUCGGCGGAGAAGGCGUUCAGCAGGCCCUUUUGAAGCUGCUUGAAGGAACUUCUAUAACGGUUUCUGAAAAGAAUUCCAGGCGGGCCUCCCAAAAUGGAAAAGAUUCGUAUGUGAUAGACACCUCAAAUAUUCUAUUUGUCCUGUCUGGGGCAUUUCAAGGGGUUGAUAAGAUAAUCAGUAACCGAACAAACUUGAAGCGGCUUGGCUUCAAAGAGGACAUUGACCCCGAGCCCUCUAAUGGUUCAAUCUCAACCAGAUAUGAUCUUAUUGGCGAAUUGGUUGAAGAACGGGAUUUGAUUGAGUAUGGAUUUAUUCCCGAAUUUAUUGGGCGUGUGCCGAUUUUUUCGGUGCUACAGCCCCUCUCCAAAGAGUCUCUUCUUAUUGCGCUGGAAAGACCCCGAAAUUCUCUGCUCAAGCAAUUCGACUCUCUCUUCAAGUUUUACAAUGUGUCGCUUACCUUCACAGAUGACUCUUUGAACGAAAUCGUGGAAAGUGCACAUAAAAAGGGCACCGGUGCCCGUGGAUUAAGAUCAAUCUUGGAAAAGGUCCUUGUCCCUGUGAUGUUUGAAAUCCCAAAAUCCAAUGUAGCAAAAGGGGAUCAAGCCCGCCAUUUUUGUCUCGCAUUCGGAGGUGGAAUUGGAGAGCAGCCUUUGCCAGCAGCCAAAGGCCCCAACUUUAGGUGCCAAGGCAAGAGCUUGUAUUAUGUUUUCAGACAAAGCUGGAUACUUUCUGUCCUCAAAAAACCAAUGGCCCAGUAUUUGGAAUAUCCAUCCAAUGGCACAUACACACGCCCCAAUAUGCAACGAAUACGCUGGAAAGGACUGAAUUGUCAAUCUACUGCCGUACCAAAGCGUUGCAAGGAUGGGGGUGAUUGUGAUCUACACUAA